AUGGAACUAUUCAACACAAGCGCGAGAACCAUCAUUCCUAUAAAACGGUGCGUUACGUUUCCGGCGAAUACUCAUUCAAAUGGGCUAUGGAACAAAACGGAUUACUGGCAUAUUAAUGCCACAUUGCCGUUCUUCAACUUUUCAUUCCCACUGCAGAAUUAUACAAUCCCAGUUCUUGAAGUGGAAAUGCUUUCAAUCUUUUUCGCCACCCAAAUCUCACAUUUUUUUCUCAAGAUGAUGGGCUUGCCCAUGUUUGUUGCCGAACUUCUAGCCGGAAUAUUCCUUGGCGACGGAGUUGCCCCACGGUUCGUUGAUCAGUACUUUGAGGCAGUCUUUCGCCUAAACAACCAAGACAUCCUCGGCACAAUCGCACUCUUCGCCUACUUGAUGUUCAUCUUCCUUAGCGGAGUGAAGAUGGACUUGAGCAUUGUGUUUAGGACAGGCUUUAAGGCCUUCCACACCGGCGCUUUGGCCAUGGUGGCCCCGCUUCUCCUCGGCGCCGGAGCUCAGCUCCUUGUCAGCCAAUAUUGGCAUCUCAACAAGCAAGAGAAUCUUCAACUCAUGUUCAUCCUCACAACACAUGCCAUCACCUCUUUCCCCGUCGUCGCCGUUCUCCUCGAAGACCUCAAGAUCUAUAACUCGGAGCUCGGUCGACUCGGGUUGUCGUCGUCGAUCAUAAGCGACAUUUUGGGCGUGGUUUUGACGGCCUUGGCAACUCUAGCCAAACUGUGGGACAAGUCUAUUGCCUUAGGGUUUUUGGACCUUGUUUUGGUCACGGUUUUCACUCUUGUGGUUGUCUAUGUUGCGAGACCAGCCAUGAUGUGGGUGGUUAGCCAAACACCCGAAGGACGGCCCGUGAAGAAGAUUUACAUUUCCGUUAUCAUCAUAGCCGUUAUGUUCUCUGCCGUGCUUUCAAAUUGGUACCACAUGACCCUCAUGUUUGGGCCGAUGGUAUUGGGCCUGGCAGUACCAGAUGGGCCCCCACUUGGGGCUGCGCUGGUCAAGAAGUUUGACCCCUUGGUCUCUGGGGUGUUUUUGCCUGUUUUUGUGACGGUUGGAAUGAUUAAAGCAAGCCCUUAUGACCUCAAGAUUAAUUCCAAUGUGACCAAGGCCAACGCGGUUGUCGUUGGUGUGGUUAUAUUGUCGAAAUUUUUCUUCUCCUUCAUUCCUCCAAUUUUUAGUAAGAUGCCUCUCAAGGAUUCCUUGGCUAUAGCCUUUAUAAUGUCCUACAAGGGUGUUGUAGAAAUGGCCUCUUAUGGAAUUGCCAGAGAUAGUAAGGUUAUAGAUUUGGAGAUCUAUAGCUUUGUGAUGGCCACUAUUUUCGGGACUGCAAUCAUCGUGCCAUUAGCCGUGCGUUACUUGUACGACCCCAAAAGGAAAUACGCCGGCUAUCAGAAGAGAAACAUCAUGCAAUCCGCCGCCAACGACGCCGAACUCCGAAUCGUGGCAUGCAUAAACAGGCCGGACAACACUCUCCCCAUCAUCAACCUCCUCGACGUCUCCUGCCCCACCAAAGAAAAUCCUGUCUCCGUCUACGUCCUCCACCUGAUCGAGCUCGUCGGCCGCGCCACGCCGGUCUUCAUCUCCCACCAGCUCCAGAAGAAGACCCUCUCCAACUACUCCUACUCCGAAAACGUCAUCCUCUCCUUCAGCCACUUCCAGAGAGAAAACCACGGCUCCGCCAACGUCAACGUCUUCACCGCCAUCUCCCCCACCGACUACAUGCACGACGACAUCUGCACCCUGGCCCUCGACAAGCUUGCGUCCCUCAUAAUCGUCCCGUUCCACAGGAAAUGGUCCAUCGACGGGUCCACCAUCGAGUCGGAAGACGUCACCAUCCGGUCGAUCAACUGCAGUGUGGUCGAGACGGCGCCUUGCUCGGUCGGGAUCCUCAUCGACCGGGGACACUCUGAGAGCCUCGAGUCCAUGGCGUCGCGCCACGCGUCCUACCGAGUCGCCAUGAUCUUCUUGGGAGGCAGCGACGACAGAGAAGCUUUGACAUUCGCCAAAAGAAUGGUUAACGACUCAUGCAUCAAGCUAACCAUCGUUCAUUUAGUCUCCGCCGCAGAAGACAAAGAAAUCGAGCAGUGGGAUAAGGUGGUCGACCACGAAGUGCUCAAGGAGAUUGCCAAUAUUGAUAAUAACAAUAACAAUGGCGGCCAUGAAAAUGGAAAUGUUGGCUACGUGAAAGAGACGGUAAAAGACGGAACACAAACCGCGGCGGUUUUGAGAUCGAUUGUUGAUGAUUAUGAGCUGUUUAUAGUUGGGAGAAGAUACAAUCUAAGAAGCAAUCUGACGUCGGGACUUCAUGAAUGGAGUGAGUUUCGUGAACUUGGUGUUGUUGGAGACUUGCUUGCCUCCACGGAUGUUAUAAGCAAAGCUUCUGUUUUGGUGGUACAACAACAGAAGCUUUCUAGUUAG